CCUCCUUCUCAACUCUGAAGUAGAAGAGCCAGACAGGAGCAAGCACACACAAUAUCCGCCUGCUCCCAUGCAUGCAUGCACACACAUUGAGAGCAGCAGGAAGGGAGAACAUCCGUGUGGAGAAGUCUCAGUUGAGGAUUUUUAUUUCCUUUUUUUCUAUUAUUAUUAUUAUUAUUUUAAUUAAUCAUGAAGGCAAAUAAUUGCAGGUAGAGGAGAGGAGAAUUUCCAUCAGGACGAAGUGGAGCUUUUUUUCUUUUAAGGAAUUACUGGACUCUUCGUGGAUGAGUUCUUGUCAUGGUGUGAUCAUAUUUUGAUUUAAAGCAUCCCUGUGAUUUGGACAGCUUUGUGUAAAUGAUGUCUGUGGAAGCAGGAACCAUGUCAAACAGCUGUUUCACUGGCCUGUUAAGAGGGGUCUGGUUGCUCUGGCAAGCUGUGCUUGUGGUUGGAAGAGGCAGCAGUCUUUGGGAGGUGCCCCCACAUCACUUCAGCACCACCUCCAAUCUCAGUGAGACUCUGCAGUGGGAGCCACACUGUCAGUACCGCCAUCUACAGGACAGAGUCAAAGUUACAGCAGACAUCCCCCCAAAGCUGGAGGGCACCUGGGUGUCGACAAGAUGUGAAGUUCGGCCUGGCCCACAGUUCCUCACUCGCUCCUACUCCUUCCAGCCCAAUCGCCACUUCCAUGCCCUGCAACACUACUACUCUGACAGCAGCUGUGGAGACCCAGCCUACUCCCUUCUGAUCAGGGGGAAGAUUCGUCUGCAGCAGGCCUCCUGGAUCACCCCUGGGGGCACUGAGGCUGAACAUCAUGUCACCAAAGUGGGGAUUGUGGUCCACAGCAUCUCAGCAAAGCAGACGCUGGCUGCACGGCUGCCUCAGACGUGCACGGAUGUGAGUCUCGACAGAGUGGUGCCAGGGAAGCUGAUUGAGCUCUACAACACACGAGCCGGCAGAGGCUGCCUGGCCGCCCUGGGUUUCUCCAUGAUGGAGAUGAGUUUGGUUCGCGUGCAGACUCAGCACCACAGCCAUGGAGGGAAGGUCCAGGAGUUGUUUUUGGGGGAUAUUCACACAGACUGGAUUCAAAGAACGCUCCACAGACCCACCGGGUACCAGCAGCCUCUGCAGAACGCCAUGCAUCACAUCCACCCCUGCCCUGUGUGUGCGCUGGUGUACCGCUCCUCAGAGAAGCGCCCCCCAGUGUUGCCCCGAAGUCCUGCCCUUCCGCUGUCUCUGGAUGGCCGCUGGGUGAGCCAGAGGUGUGAAACCCGACCCAGUGUCCUCUUUCUCACUCGAGAUUUUACCUUUGAUUCUGGCCAACAAGCCUGGGAAGGCGUCUACAGGCACUACUCUGACCCCGCCUGCUCGCAACCCACUUUCACCCUCAGGGCCUUUGGCCAUUAUGCUCAGGGAAACCCCUCUGCCAAGAUUUUGGGAACAUCCGAGUUUGUCUUUAAGGUAUCACAGGUGAGCGUCACCGCCAUGGACGAGCAAAUUGUGAAGCUGCUGAACAAAACAAGACCAGGAAAGUGUGGUCUGGCAGGAGGCUGGGAGGAGGGGGUGGAGCAGGAUUUGACUCCGACGGAUGGGUGCACUGUGCUGGGCAUCAAGCUGCCGCAUAAAGAGUUUGAGCUCCUAAAGAUGGAGCUGGAUCACAGGAAACAUCUGCUGCUGUUUACCGGAGAGAGACCAACAGACGGGACCAGUCCUGACAGACCGCUUCGACGACCCACAUCCUUUCAGGCUCCCAUGGUGCUUUGCAGUGGUGGAGACAUGCAGUUUUCUCACUCAGGAAAGCAAUUAAAGUUAUCCAGUGGAGUGGAGAAGGUGACACAAGUGGUGCUGCUGUGGUUUGCAUCUGUGCUGUGCAGCAGACUCUGUGUUUCUUAGACAGUGAAACUUUUUUACACUGCUGCAGUCAGUGAUGAACAAUGUUUUCUGCUACAUUUCAUUCCUCCUUUAAUGGACACACGUUUGGGUGGAGAAUCAUUUGACAAUCAAAAAAGAAUGGUUCUUCAAGGUUGAUAAGAUGCUUUGGGUUCACCCUUGUGAUCCACUGUGGCUUCUUUCUACUCACUCGUAAUGUGUGGAGCAGAAAAUCGAACUCAAACGUCAGUCAGAUCAGUUAAAGCCCAUUAAAACAAAGAUCACACAAAUAAUUUAAUGCUGCAGCUAUAUUUCUUUACCAUGUAGUUUAAUGAAACUAGUGGUUACAAGAUCUUUCUUGUAAAACAACAUGACCUCAAUUGCCACAAACCUUUCAGUUGACCAAUCUGUCAGAUGCAUCUCAAAUUUUGCACUUUUUAUUUCUUCUUUUUUAAUUAACAUAUGGGACAGAUGCAAAGCCAUAAAGAAGAGGUACAGCUGCCACAUAUCUGAUGCUACCAAGGUAGGAAAUUUGGUGUAACUGUAAUGCUCUUUUAAAACGUGUGCAGUAAUCUGCUUCUUAUUAUCAGUGAUUAAGGUAGACACAUCAGAUGAAUAUAUUUAUUUAACCAUUUAUAUUGUAUGUUUUACAUAAAGAGGAGAUUUUUGUCAAAUAUUCUAUCUACUUUUGUCAUCUAAUAUUUUUAUGUCUAUUAAAAAUAGAUUUUCAAAAACUG